AUGGGACGAUCAGCAUCCGAUAGUAGGAGACGUGACAAGCCUAUACUGAGCUGCGCCUUCUGCAGGGGUCGCAAGCUUCGUUGCGACAGGCAAUCUCCUUGUAGCGCUUGUAUACGACGUGGAAAGUCUGCCGAAUGCAUCUAUAAUUCUACAGAGCAAGAGCGAAAAGAUGCUAUUGACUACAGACCUCAUGCUAGAGGUCAGCAGGCUCGUCAGAGAAUUGCUCGUCUUGAAAAACUCGUUACAGAGAUGAGAGACAUGACACAGAGCUCUCCUCGGACAUUGGAUAGCAUACCAUCACCUAGUGCAAGUCUGAAUGAGCUGCAGCCACCACUUGUCUCUUCGAACGAUAACGUGACAGAAAACAUGGGUAAAUUAAGCCUCACUGAUAACCAUGCAGUUUAUAUAGGUAGCUCUCAUUGGGCUACUAUCUUAGAAGACAUUCAAAAUCUCAAAGAUGAUCUAUCAGAUGAGUACCCAGACGAUAUUGCAAUCAAAAGAUUGUCGUCUUAUGAUUUUGAUGGGAUGCAUGAUUUAUCGCCCCCCAGUAUUUCUCUCCUCAGCAGUGUUGCCUGCCUUCCGAGAGAAGAAAUUUUGGCUAUGAUACCUCCUCGAAAAGUAGUUGAUAGGCACAUCUCGCGAUUCUUCAAUUCCUUCGACUUCGCUUCCGUCAUUUUACACCGAAAGAAGUUUCUUGCAGAGUACACAAAUUUCUGGGAGAAUCCUUCAUCUGCACCCAUUAUGUGGAUAGGCCUCCUGUUCAGUAUCAUAAACACUUCAGCAUUCCUCCAACAGAAGCAAGAUAUCGGGGGUUUUGGAAUGUCAGCUGUGGACUUCCAAGACACGCCAGAAACCUACCGAACCCUCACUAUUCACUGCUUAGUUGCCGGGAACUACCUUCGACCGAGUAAUUACACAAUAGAAACUCUCAUAUUACACUUUGCCAUGGACCAAAAUGUAAACAUCGAUACUAAUAUAGGCAACUGGGUCCUAAUUGGCGUUAUCAUUCGGGUUGCGAUGCGCAUGGGGCUUCAUCGGGACCCUUCUCACUGGCCAAACAUCCGGCCAAUUCAUGGUGAGCUUCGGCGACGAAUAUGGAUCAUCCUUUACCAUAUGGACUUUUUUACGAGUACACAGGUGGGACUUCCACGCAUCAUCAAAGACUCGCAAUGUGAUACGCGUCCGCCCGCUCACCUGGUUGAUGAUGAUCCUGCUUUUGAGACUGGUGAAAUUCCACCUUCAAGACCGUUGACCGAUUCUACUCCUCUUUCACAUAUCAUCCAAAGGGAUAGCAUUAUCAAAAUAACAGCUGAAAUUUAUGACACAACUGAAGCAGCAAUACCACCAUCACCUGCCACUGUUGCUAUACUUAGCACCAAACUUGAAAAAGCUAUCGACUCCAUACCAGCAUGCUCAAGAUAUAACUCGCUAGAGGCAUCAGUUACCGAAAACCCGGUCACAAUAAUGCAUCGAUUGUUCUUAGAUAUUCUUAUACACAAAGCUGUUUAUCUUCUCCAUCGACGCAGCUUCGUCAAAGGUUCGGAUGCAGAAGAAGAAAACCCCACAUCUCAUGAAUUAUGCAUUACAGCUGCACUGGCAAUCUUGGAGCAUCAGCAAAGGAUGAGUGAAGAGACACAACCUGGAGGACUUAUGUUUGACAUUCGAUGGAAAGUCUCAUCUUUGAAUCAUGAAUUUUUACAGGCUACGAUGAUGUUGUGUUUUGCUUUGACUCGACUCGAUGAGGAUACGGAUGCUAACACGACGAAAUUUUCUUGUGCUCUAAACAGGCGAGACGACAUUGUUGAGGCUUUGAAUAAUGCAAAAUAUUUGUGGGAAAAGAGCUCCGACUGGUCUGUAGAGGCUCAGAAAGCAGCGAAAGCAAUUAAAGCGGUACUCAAGCAAGACGUGGACACUUCGAAUCUACCUAAUCUUGAAACUGGAUAUGAACUCUUUGAACAAAUGCCAGGAGGUUCCUCAAAUCUCCAUCUUAGCAGUUUUGACGCACAGAACAUGGUUCUAGAUCCCUCUUUUUUUGCGGUCGAUAAUGAUAUAUCGACGUUCGGGGUAUGUUAA